AUGGCCGCCGUGGAGAGCGGAGAGGAGAGGCUAGGGGAGGGUCAGGGGGAGGAGGGGCCCGUCGACCCGCAGCCCCCCCCCAGAGAGAGGGAGCGCUCCCACAGCAAGACCAAGAAGGCCCGCAGGGAGCGUCGCCAUGCUGACCGGGGGGCGGAGACCAGCACCUCGGCUGCACCGCCGAAGGGGGCGGAGCCACAAACACAGACGCCGGAGCCGGCGGCGGGCCCCUCGGAACCGGGGGCGGAGCCGGGGGCGGAGUCAUCGGCGGGCGGGGAGUCGGCCGAGUCGCCCAGACAGCGGCGCUCUAUAAUCCGGGACCGCGGGCCACUGUACGACGACCCGUCGCUGCCGGAGGGCUGGACACGUAAACUGAAGCAAAGGAAGUCUGGACGCUCGGCAGGGAAGUUCGAUGUCUACCUGAUCAAUUCGGAGGGGAAGGCGUUUCGCUCCAAGGUGGAACUCAGUGCCUACUUCCAGAAGGUUGGCGAUACAACCACUGAUCCCAACGACUUUGACUUCACUGUCACCGGGCGUGGAAGCCCCUCCCGCCGUGAGAAGCGCCCACCCAAGAAGCCCAAAGUGGUUAAACCGUCAGGGCGAGGCCGCGGGAGGCCCAAAGGCAGUGGAAAGCUGCGACAGGCUACAGAGGGCGUGGCCAUGAAGCGGGUGGUUGAGAAAACUCCGGGCAAACUGCUGGUCAAGAUGCCCUUUGGCAAGGCAGAAUCUGCCACCGGCACCACAUCUACUGCCUCAACGGCAGUGUCUCCAGCACUGGUGUCCACCAAGUCCCGUCCUGGCAGGAAGAGGAAGUCAGAGCAGGAGCUUCCUGCCCCGCCACAGACCGCCCCCAAGAAACGUGGGAGGAAGCCAGCCUCUGCUUCAGCUACAUCACCGGUUGCAGCAGCAGCCUCCUCUUCGGCAUCUGCCUCUGGGAGCUCAGCAGCUGGAAGCUACACUGCAGCUGCCAUCUUGGCAGCUGAAGCCAAGCGGAGAGCAGCUAAGGAGUCUUCCACAAAACCUGUCGUCCAAGAAACAGCCCUGCCAAUCAAAAAGCGCAAAACUAGAGAGACAGUAGAGGAGAGGGAAAGCGUUCAGACGCCACCACCAACAACGACUGAGACUGGAAAGAGUACUUCUGCAGGGGGAGAGGGAGGUUCAGCAGGAGGAGUGCCAACCACAGAGUCUCACCCUGCCCCCUCUGAGCAGAGCCAGUCACAAUCACAGAAGCAGCUUCCUGGUUCAGAUGAGAGCCAAUCACAUGGACACAAGCCACAUAAAGGGAGGAAGCACAAGGAGAAACCGGGGAUUUCAGCAGGAGAUGGAGGGAGCAGAGAAGGAGGAGCAGAUGAAAGUGACAAGGGAGAAGGAGAGGGAGGAAGAGGAGGAGGAGGAGGAGAAGGAGGAGGAAGGAGUAGCAGCAGCAGUAGCAUUAGCCCAUCAAAAAGCCACAAGAGGAAGGAGCGCACUCCACACAAACAUCACCAUCAUCAUCACCACCAUCAUCCUCAUCGCCACCCACAAUCCCCCUCUUCCUCAUCCUCCUCUUCAGAUCAGCAUCUUGCCUCUCCUCUUCCACCUCCAGCGUCUCGACAGCUGGCACCUUCCAGCCAGCCCAGGCCUGAGGUUGACCCCCAGGCCACAUCCCAGCUGGCCACCCAGCAGCCACAGCAUACUCAGCAAGCUCCACCUCGACCCCAGUCCAAGACUCCACCCCAGUCCCAGGCUGCACCCCAAUCCCUACCUGAACCUCGUCAUUCUCUUUCCCAACCACGCCCACUCCCCCCAACACGUCCCCAACAUCCCCAGACCCAGUCUGCCAGUCAGCCCCAGGCCCAGCCUCGAUACCCUGCACCUCAGUCGUCCCCCACCAGGCAUCUGCUGCCCCAGCCCCCAUCACGGCCCCAACACACCCAACCCCAAGCGCACAGUCAUCCCCAGGCCCUGUCUCAAAGACCGCAGCCACAGCCUCUCCACCCUCCAGCCCAGCACCGAGCCCAGCACCAGUCCCAGUCCCAGGCUCCACUCCAGCCACACUCUCAAUCCUCACUCACCCAACGCCUUCAGCCACCCCAGACCGCUCAGGCCAGGCAAUCACAGCACCAAACCCAAUCCCCUCCAGUUUCUCAGCCCCAAUCCCAGCCCAGAUACCCAUCUCAAACCCAAUCCCAGCCCAGGUACCCGUCUCAAGCCCAACCCCAGCCUAGGCACCAAUCCCAACCCUUAUCCCAGACCAGGCAACCAACCCAAUCUCAACUCCCACCCCAGCCUAGAUACCCAGCCCAAUCUCAACCUCAACCGAGACACCCAGCCCAACCACAAACCCAACCCCAGGCACAGCCCAAGCACCAGUCUCAGCCUCAGCCCAGGAACCCAUCACAACACCAACCCCAGACUCAGUACCGGCCACAGCCCAGGCAGCCCAUCCCCCAGCCUAGGCUGCCCCAUUCUCAGCCCCAGUCCCAGUCCCAACCACACUAUCAGAGAGCUCAACCUGUGCCUCGCCCGCAGGCCCAGCCCCACCCCCACCCCCAACUGCCCAGGCCGCAUGCACACCACCUCCAACCCCACCGAGCCUCUUCCAGCCUAACCAGAACCAGCCUCGUCCCGGCCCCAGCCCAGCAGAACCAGAGCGAACAGCCCCAGGAUCUCAGCACCUCACGGCCCAGUCGAGCGAGCCUGCUGCCGAGCAGAGAGGGCAGCCGGGUGGAGGGCAGAGGGGAGGCAUCGACAGCUUCCGACAGCAGAGAGAUGUUAGGAGGAGGAAGAGGAUCCAACAGCACCUCCAGAGCCCCCAGUACCACAUCCAUGGCCCCGGGGCCCCCAGCAGGAGCCGGGCCUGGUGUCGGUUUGGGGCCUGGGAUCGGGGCUGGGAUGGAGGGCCGGGCAAGGCUCCGGGCCGAGGCAGAGGCAGCGGGUGAGGGCAGGGAGCUCAGAGACAUCGUCCCCCAGUCUGCCGUGCCCCGCCCCAGUCGAGAGGAAACCGUCGAGUCCCGGACUGCCGUUAGUGAAAGAGUCAGCUGAUUGGUCAGGCCAGCUGAUUGAUAGGCUGACUAACCAGAAGACUGACACCAAGUGAAGGCGUGUGACUGGGUUGUUGAUGGGGGUUUACUGUUUUACACUGUUUUCAGAUAGAAAGGUAGUGUCACAUAGAGCUGGUAGAACUGCCUCAGCUUCUACCCAGUUUGACUCUGUCUGGAGACUCUGUAAUGUUUCGUCUUUGUGAACCGACCUGACGCUGAGGGACAACCGGAGAGGAAAACGGACGGUAUCUUUUUCUAGGAAAAACAAACGAAAAGGAAAAUUCGAUAAAAAGUGUGUGUGUAUAUAUAUAAUCAAAAGGCAGCUGUUGUGUCCCGCUAGUCUCCAUGAUGGUGGGUGGGGGUGGGGGUAGGGGUGGGGAGGGUGGUAGUUUGGAACUAAAAAUCAAUGCUUAACAACACAUUACUCUGAACGAAACGUUGCUUCCGGAAUAUAACCUGUUUUUUUAAUUUCAUGUUUUGAUAGUUUAUUGUUUUUGUCUCUGUUAUACAGCUUUAAACUGAUAUUAUUGACUGACAGGCCCUUAUUCAUAGCCGUGCUGUUGACUGACGGUCCCUAACGGAAACCCUCCUAUCAGCUGACGUUCUGUACUAAAAGUCCUGCGAUCAACUGACGGUCCCUCGCUCAGAGUUCAGAGGAGACGUGGGGGAGGUCUGCAGGUCAAACUGACUUCUGACAGUUGCUGUUUUUGUCUUCAUUUUCCAUAAAACCCAUUGUAUAAACAGGGGUGGGGGGCUGGGUGAAUGUAGUAAUUUGUUCCCCUCCUCCAGACUGCCCCUGCUGGUAGCUAACCUGUUAGUGCUUAUAUUACAGCCACUUCAUGACUUGAAAACACCUGGUCCUCAAUUGACUCUCUUCAAAUCAAUGUGAACAUCAUUUGAAAUAUUUGAACAGCCUGAGGCGCGCUUCAUUUUGUCUUAUCAAGACAUUUUAAACAGCCUCAAAAAAAUGUACACAACAGUUGUGAGAUAAACCAGAGCGCUACUCAUGUUUUUGUCAAGUAUUUCAAAAGUUUCAAGCCGUUCUUCCAGGUUUGGCCCAACAGAUACAGCAGGUUAGAGGUUUUUUCCACAUUGGUCUGCAUUCAGUCUGUUAGUUUUGCUUGUCUUUUCCCCCCGAAAGGCAGUGCUUUUUAAAAAAAAAAAAAAAAAAUCAAACCAAAC